UCACGUGUCAAAACAAACGCUCAAGUGUUCCUACCUAAAGUUUGGUCCUUUGUGCUCUGUGUUUAGCUGACUUCAUACAAUACAACCAGAUACAUGCAACAGUUGUAGUAGUUAACUCCAGACACGUUCAUUAGAGACAACUUUCUCUGUUGCUGUUAGUAACAGUAACGUCGCCAACAUCGUGGAUGUUUACAGGAGUGUCCCUCGUCCUCAGGGUCAAUGGCGUCCUGUGUAACAGAGUUGAUAACAUUUUGUUCCAACAUCAUUUUGUCUGCCACAGCAUUGUAUUCUUCUUACAGACUCUUUAAGGAUCACAGGGCUCCUUCUGUAGGCCUUUUCGUGCUUGGACUCUCCGCAGCACUUUGCAUCUUGCAUCCUUUCAGCUCAUACCUCGCCUCUAUCCAGAGAGAAGCAGAGUGGGCCGGCGAGGUUCUGGCUCCAGCGCUGGUCUCCUUUGACUUCCUGUGGCUCAGUGAAGACCGGAACACGGCACAUAUCCUCCUGAGUGGCUCCUGUCUGCUGCUGGGACUGUGUGACUGGCUCUCAGCCGAUGCUCUCACACUGAUGACACGCUGCCUCGGUUUGUCUUCCCUGUCCUGCUGCCUGACAGUCUGUCUGUUUGCCGGUAAUGCUUUAGGGGCCUUUAGUGGUGUGGCCCUCAGCCUCCCGUUGCUUGUUGCUCAGAGGGUCGGGACAAACACUUUUGCUCCACUCAUUUCUCCAGCCGCAACUGAGGAUCUCACCAAGUGGCUUUUAAAGGGCGUCAUGUCUGUCGGCUGUUGGGCCUCCACACAGGCCCUCAGCAGGUUUCUGUUGGAUGUGACUGACCAAUGUAACAUAGACAUUUAGUAAAUCAGUGGAGGUGUUUGUUGAUGGACUGUCUAAGUGGUACAGAGUGACCAAAUGGAUUUCUGCAAAAAUGAAUGUACCUAACUCACAAGCAUUUCAGAACAUUUGUGAGGAAGAGUUGAGUUGCAUUAACUUCAUUGCCAUUACAACGAACAUUAUCAACAGUGCAACAGAACAGACAACUUACUAAUAAUAAAAGACCAUAUUACAAGUACCAUUUAACUUGUAUUUUAAUGUAAGUCGACAACAGCUGGUUCCAGCUUCUCAAAUGUGAGGAUGUGCUGCUUCUCUCAUUGUUACGUCCUCAUAAAUGAGAUAGAUAGAUGGAUAGAUAGAUAGAUACUUACUUUAUUUAUCCCGAGGGAAAUUCAGGAUUGGGGUUAAAGACUGUUGUUCUGACAAAACAAUUUGAAGACUUCACUUUGGGCAUUGGGAAAUUGACAAGCAUUUCAAACUAUAUUCUGACUUGUUAUAGAUGAAAUGAUUGAUUGAUGAAUCUAAGACAAUAUCGAUGGAAUAAUCAAAACGCAAAUAGAAUGUUAGUUGCAACACCGGUUUCUAAAUUGGAGGCCACAUGCACUGAAGUAUAACAUGCUUUUGUAUAUGGAUGUUAAGGGACCGAAUACAAGCAAUUAUCAUCGAGCAAAAUCAUUAAGGCUGAGCUAUAUGGAAAAACAAAUAUGAUAACUGCUUUUCAUAUAUAACAUGCUAAUUGGUAACAAGUAUUUCAGAAAUCUGAUUUAGUCAAUUCUUUGUGGUACUUAUGAAGUCUCACAUUGGAUGUUUUACUGUAAUUUACAGUAUCUGGUAAAAUAGACCUUGGCUAAACUUAAUGUGAACUUUAAUUAGAAAAAAAGCAGAUUAAACAAAACCCAGAUGCCACUGAACUCAUUUGCAUGUGACCACAAUUUACAUCUGAUAGCCCAUGGUGGUAUUCUGCAUGACUGUGAUGCAGCAAUGACCUUUUUAGACAUAUUUUAAUGUCCUGCUAACAUUUAUUAUGCCGAAUGUGGGCGCUUUAAUUUGCUAUGUGAUCAUUUCCAAGACUGACUCCUAAAACAUCCAGCUGCCUCAGAGUCCGGGUCCUAUUUGUUUUGCAGCCUCAGCAGUAUCUCUGUUUAAAUAUCUGCAGUGGUCUAAGCUCUUGCCCUGCUCUUACCUCAUCGUGCCCAUUUGAUACUUAUCAAUGCACUUCUUUUUUUUGUAUUACUUCCUUGGUUUUUAAUUGCUGUCAUUUUAACAGAAAUGACCUCAUGUGUUUAACUCUUCUUCUACAGUGUUGUCCUGGCUAGAUAUUAAUAUUCUGCACAGAUAUUUGAAGGGGACACUGCAGAUUCUCGCUCACGAUUACAGAGUUGGGAGCAGCUGCCUCAGCAGUUUUACUGCAGUAUAAUAACAAGAGUCUGUGGCUGUGUUCCUGUCUGUGGGACAAUGUCUUUGUCACACCUCAGGACACAGGUGACGAGGGACAUUUACAAGGUAUUCGAUAAUUGUGUACUCACCUGUGAGGUGCCAGAAUGAUCAUGCUAAUUGUUCUGUGAUUCAUCAUUAAGUUCAUGUCUUUUUUUGGCAACAUGGAAGUGUUGUGUGUCACACGUUGUACGUUUAUUUAUUAUCUUAUUUAAUUUGUUGACAUAAAUGUGAGAACUAAAGCUUGAUUUAGUUGACAUAACUUGAAUAAAUUAUUUAAAUGUUUAACAAAAAAUGACACCAAUUAAAGUAUAUCA